AUGUUUGCACGAGGAGCACGAGCCGCGGCUGUAUUACCUACGACAGCAGGCCAGACGGCCCUCCCGAUCGUAGAUCUUGGUUACGAGCUCCAUCAAGCUAUCUCGUUGGAUGUACGUUAUGCUAUGCUACCGUACCCGUUUCUGCCUCACGGAGUGAUGCUAUCCUAUUGCGAUGAACAAACUCAAACCUACAACUUCUCCAACAUCCGCUACGCAGCGCCGCCAACGGGACCGCUCCGAUUCCGACCCCCUGUGCCCGUCGCCGCAGGACCAGGGAAUAGUUCGAAAGAGGUGGAAAAUGGCGCCCAGGGACGAGUUUGUCCGCAGGCGGCGUUGCGGUGGGAGGAAGAGAUUAUGCCGGGCUUUGUGGCGGGGGUGCUGGCUUCUGAGUCUGGAGCUGCGGGACCGGCAUCUGGCGACGCGAGGACGACGGAAGACUGCCUGUUCUUGGAUGUGAUCGUGCCGAAGGAGGUUUUUGAGCGGAAUACUAUCCAACGAAAAGGAAACAAGGCUCAUGAUGGUCUGGCGCCGGUUCUUGUGUGGAUUGACGGCGGUGGGUAUAUCGCUGGUGAUAAGACAGAGCAGAGCCCCUUGGGUCUGAUACAGCGCAGUCUGGUCGAUGGGGAGGAUGGGAUUGUGUAUGUUGCGAUCAACUAUCGGCUGGGUGCGUUCGGCUGGUUAUCGGAUGGAAAUGGCAUUGCUAACGCUGGUCUCUACGACCAGCGUCUCGCUUUGGAGUGGGUGAAGGAGCACAUCGGGCUCUUUGGUGGGGAUCCAGACCGUAUCACCGUCAUGGGCCAGUCGGCUGGCGCUGGGUCGAUCGUUCAUCAGUUGGCCACAUAUGGAGAUGAUACAAACCCCCAAGCUCGCCCGUUUCGUCAGGCUAUUGUCCAAAGUCCCAUCUGGUAUCCCUUGUCGGCGAAGCAGCAAGCCUCGACGCGAGACGCAUUCCUCGAAUUGCUGAAUGUUUCGUCCAUCGAAGAAGCGCAAUCUCUCCCUUCGGAGCAGUUGAUCGCGACCAAUGCAUACCAAAUUGCCAACACCCCCAUAUACGGAACCUUCACCUACGGACCGGUGGUAGAUGGGUCGCUCGUCAGAGACUGGCCGAGUAAGAUAUUGCUCGACCCAAACUUUGGCUGGCAGGACCUUCGCCUCAUGACAGGUCAUGCAUCCAAUGAGGGGUUGAUUUUCACUCCGCCGGCCGGAGUUAACAGCUCGGCCUAUGCGACCAUUCUGAGCGACUUCCUCCCGGAUUUGGCCCCCGAAUCGUUGGAGGAUAUCGCCCAAACGCUCUACCCGACAAGCUCCAACGCUUCAGCCGCCAAUCUGGGCUACUCCGAUGCACUGGGAAGAAUGGCCCUGACAAUCAGCGACGCUUUCUUCACUUGCAAGAAUCAGUACCUGAGCAUUGCCUUGGACACAUAUGCGUACAUUUUCGAUGUGCCGCCCGGACUGCACUCCUAUGACUUAUACUUCACUUUUUACGAUCCUGCACGUCCCGACCCAAGUGUUGUGGAUGUCGACCUUGCUCUGGCCAUACAGGAUUAUAUCAUUUCGUUUGUGCGAGAGGGUCGACCAUCUUCUCUCGCUGCUGCUGCAGCAACAAGCUGGAUCCCUUACCGAGCGCAAAACCAAGUUCUGAACAUCCAAGCGGGAAAUAUAUCAAGCGUGCCAGAUCCAGUGGGCAGGGACCGAUGUCAGGUGUGGUGGAAGUUGACCGGCUGAUCGCAUGCAAGGGGAAAACUGAAACCAAACCAUUCGCCGAGGACGGAACUUCUCGUAUCGAACACCACCAACACUUGGCAUCCGGUGCGCCUUGGGACAGGGGCCAUUGAUUCAAAAGGAACUCUGGUAGUCCUUAGGCUUUGGGGGCUAACGAAUGGUCGAAGUCUGAAGUGAAAAAGACUGUGAUGGAACUAAAGACUCCUUUGUUUGAGGUUCACGGCUUGGGGGCUAUAGUUCAAUCCUGUAUAAAUGAUCUGCGAGCAUGGAAGUUUCUGGGAAAGCCGCCAUCGCAGAACCCUUGCAUGCGAUUGACAUGAUGACAAUUCAGCCGCAUGAUUCAUUUUAGAGAACUAUUCCUGAGUAGCAUGAGAUAGUGU